UUGCGUACCGUCUGAGAGUCAUGUUUGCGGAAGUUCAUCCACGAGUUUCAGAAAUUGAGUAGGCUUAGUGACAACAAGCAGGGUCUGAAUAAGGUCUGUCAGUAAACAGUUUGUUUGUUAGUGCCCGGGACCUUGUAUCUGACUGCGUGUAAACUUCCUCUUUGGCAAAACAAGUUCAUGAUAUAGGCUCAAAAAUAGAGGGCACACUGUCUGUUAGCAUGGCCCGAUCACUGCAGGUCCUCUCCUUCCUCUCCAGGCUUGGUGAUCUGUCAUUGAUGCCCUCAGUUUCUAUUCACAGCUGUCGAUUUGCGAGCAGAGGAGCCAGCAAUGCACGGAUGAGACAGAGCCAUGUGGACAGAGACAGAGUAUCAAACAGUGCUCCAAGAUACAGCGAUGAAAUGCCUGAUGAUCAACUUGGACUGAAGGAUACAGAGGAGGUAGAAGACAAGCUCCAGGCCUUGGUUGAUGAGGCAAGAAAGGGGCAGAAGAAUGUGAAAUAUCAUAUACUGAGAAGGCAGAUGACUACAACCGGAGCUCCACAGAGGAAGCUUACCUGGGAUGCUAUUAAGCAGAUCAGAUAUCUGAAGCAAGAGCAGCCAGAUGAGUGGACAGUAAAUCGUCUAGCUGAGGGCUACUCUGUCACCCCUGAUGUCAUCCUAAGAGUCCUGAGGAGCACGUUUGUCCCCGCUCCUGAUAGAAAAGUCCAGCAGGAUGCCAAAGUAAUGGCUGGACUGGGUCAGCAGGUGCUGCCUGCAGGUGCUGGGACAGGGCAGGACGGGCUGAAGCUGCCUGGAAACCACACCCCAGCCAUACUCCUAUCAGGAAGUAGUGAAGGUGCAAUGGUACCCGUGGCUGACAAGACUUUGAUGCUUCAAGGUGAAGGCUCUGGAUUCCUAGCUAAGAGUUCUGCCCCUGUUACUCUUCUGCCCACACACUUCAGAGCUGGUAUUAGUAAAGAUGUCCAUGUGACAAGGUCAAAAGAGGACAGCACUUAUAACACAAAUCCUACAGAGGAGGAAAAAGAGGACGAGGACAGCUGGGAUGGACGGCUGUUGACAGACGAAGAACUUGAAGAGUUUAUGGAAAUGGAAAAGCCUUACCCUGUUGUGCAAGUUGGGAAUGACUUCUUUGAUGUAGAGGGCAACUUUUUGUAUAGAAUCUGAAGACUACCUGUGUUGAACUGUUGGCUAACCCUGUGUGAUGUUCAGGUUGAUAUAACACCAUGACUUUCUGAACAGAUUAUUACUGACACAAAUUAAACUUUAGUUAAAGAAUAUCUCAACCUGCUCGCAGCAGCCAUCCUACAAACAUAAAGUGUUUUGGUAACAGAUCUCUUUGUAAACAUUUUUUACAGUGCUGUAAAAUAGGAAUUGGCUUACAAAAAUAGAGGAACAUGAAUUUAUUUGCAAACCCAAAGAAAAUUGCCUCAAAUAUACAGAAGAAACAUAGCAGAUACAAAUAUGUAACCUUGUAUAUUUACAGAACCAUCACAAUUUAUUAAUUUAUACAGCAGUUUUAAACUGUAAGAAAAAUGUUACCUUCACUUAAUGCAAUAAACCUUCAUGAAAGAAAUC